AUUUAAUUACACUUGAAUACUUUAAAAUUAAGAUUAUUUUAUUACAUAUACAGGGACCAAAAGGUAAGUAAAACGGAAGGUGGCGUUAAUAAAAAUUAAUGACCCACCGACCUGGUUUAUUGUACAAACAAAUUGUUUAUUAAAAUUUAUAGUCAUGACUACAUGACAUUCCCCGAUCACCCCAUUAAUGGGUUUACCGUGAUUAGCGGGUGUAACAACAAUCGCCCACCUGUAGGACGUACGGGGUAUGCAGGGCGCAAUCUCCCCAAAGUUGCGACGCGUCGUCCCGAAACCAGAAGAGGAAGUUUGGAGUUUGGCAGAGAAUCGUUUAACCUUUGAGGAAUGCGGCUGGAGACCGGAAACUUUCGAGAUGUGUCGCUCGUUCUGGUAGUAUAGUCGGUUGAAGAACUUCCGCGUCGAGAUAUGGGAUGCCACCUUGGGAUGAUGUGGGUCGGAUUUGUUAUUUGUGUUUACAUCGAAGGAACAUUUGCAUUGAAGAACGUCCAGGUGAAAAUUCCGAAAGCCGUUGUGGCCGGUGAAGAUGCGGUUAUCUGUUGCUUCUACGAUUUGGAAGGUGCCGGUCUUUAUUCGGUGAAGUGGUACAAAAAAACUGCCGAGUUUUUUCGGUUCGUUCCUUUGGAGAAGCCCCGCAAGAGGACGUUCAAAAUUCGUGGACUUCAAGUUUUAGAAGAGAGGUGCAACAGAACGCAGAUUGUUCUGCAAAAUGUUACUAAACAAGCCUCUGGCACAUAUUCCUGUGAAGUUUCUGCAGACCAGCCAAAUUUUUCUACCGGUUCCAAAACAUUUUAUUUACAGGUUGUAGAUUUGCCAAAAACCGAUCCCCAAAUAAACGGUUUGAAAAGUCGCUACAAACUCGACGAAUCCAUCGACGCAAAUUGCACAUCAUUUGGUUCAGAUCCAGCCGUGAAUAUUACGUGGUACUUGAACGGUAUUCCAUUGAACACAUCCAGAACAAACUAUUCUGAAGGAUUGACGGUUUCUGUAAUUGGAUUCAACUUAAGUAGUACCCAUUUUAUCAACGAUAAGCUGAAAAUUCGUUGCUCUGUCACUUUGUUCGAUGUCUACCAUAGGAGCUGUGAAAAGAGCGUCGAUUUGAAGAAAAUUAAGCCCAACGUAUAUAGAUACGAUGUACAAGGUUACUCCACCAACGUGGCCGAUUCAAGAUUCGACUGGGACAUAAAUCAACAUCAAAGACCAUUGGAUUCCAGUUGGAUUCAAAUGGACGCUAUUAGUGUGAUCUCUUAUGGAAAAACGAAUCACUAUAAUAUAUUUGCCACCAUCUUUAUGGUUAUAAUUUACUUUCUAUAAAAUUAUAUAUGUUACAAUGUACAUAAGAUUUUAUUAUAUGUCAAUAAAUAAUUUUGUACAACAA